AUGCUUGAGUUCAUGAGUAGUAACUACUACCACUGCCCUUGGGAAGAAGACUCUCCGGAACGUGUCUGGUGCAUGGUGCAGGCCUACCUGAGAAGUUUGAAGGAGAUACCGCCGGAUGGCAUAGCAGCAGCGCUUCUGCAGGAUCAUAUAGAAUGGUCCGUAAUUUGCUCCAUCUUUUUCUCCAAUCAGAUUGAGGGGGCGGGGCUCGGCUUGUCAAACACUGCCUCUCUCGUCCGCAAAAUCCUCCAAGGGCAGCCGCUGGACCCAUGUUUGCUUUACAGUAGCAGCGGCAGCAGCGGGAAGUCAACUUGUGAGGUGGUGCAGCAUGCAGCUGCCUUCAUCUUCCUCAAGCAGCACGUGGUGGUGGAGAAGAAGCCGCUCACUCCCGACAUCGUUCUGGCGGCGCACAAAAUCCUGAUGGACGGCAUGGUCUGCGAAGACGGCAAGCCUGUCAACGCUGGGUCAUACCGUGACAGCCUCGCGCACGCGGGGUUUCACCGUUUCCUGCACCCUGAACUCGUCCAGCCUUCGCUGGUCCGCCUGCUGGCUAACUACAAUGCCCGAGCAGCUUCCGAAACGGAGGACCCGUUCGCGCUGGCUGCAUGGCUAAGCUACGAGUUCGUCACCAUUCACCCUUUCGAAGACGGCAACGGGAGGAUGUGCCGCCUUCUGCUCAACAUGGUGCUCCUGUCGCAUGGUGUGCCUUUCUGCUCGGCGCUGGGCUUCUCGUCAGGCCACCGGCGUGCCAAGCAGCAAUACAUGAAUUGCAUCCACAAAGCGCAGCAGCACGGCGGGCUGCCCAAGCGGCUGGCGUUCGUCGUGCUGUGCAGCAUCCGCUCCAGCCUGGCGGCCUUCUUUGAGACUGUGCGCAUCUCAGCGAGCGAGGAGUACCCCAAGGACCUCGCUAUGCUGCUCGUGGCGUGA